GAGUCUAUCUUGCUUGGAGUACACCACCAUGAAUAUCCGGCCAGCCACAGUAGACGACCUCAUGGGCAUGCAGGCCUGCAAUCUGCACAACCUUCCCGAGAACUACACCAUGAAAUACUACCUGUAUCAUGCUCUGACCUGGCCAUCUCUUUCCUACGUUGCGGUCGAUCCCAAAGGACGAGUGGUUGGGUAUAUUCUGGCGAAGAUGGAGGAAGACGUCGGUCCAGAGGAUGAAAUGCACGGACAUGUUACGUCCAUCUCUGUGCUACGAUCAUAUCGACGGCUUGGUCUUGCGAAGAAACUUAUGAUCCAAUCCCAGGAAGCAAUGGCGACAGUAUACAAAGCUUCUUACGUCUCCCUCCACGUUCGCCGUUCGAACCGUGCAGCCUUAGGGCUUUACCGUGACACGCUUGGGUUCACGGUGAAGGAUAUUGAGAAGAAGUACUACGCGGAUGGCGAAGACGCGUACGCAAUGCGACUCUCCCUAAAGUAACACACGGUCUCGCGAUUCGACUUCGUCGUUCAUCAUGUGUGGAGUCGAUCCCGUCGAAAUCCGACAGUAUCAUCAUACACUGUUGUACAUACUCAAUAAAAUACACACAUACAGCCUCCAGAUCGAAAGACACGACUCCCUAGGACGUGUGUGGCAUGUGGCACCCCUCCUCCAAAUCAACGAAAAGGAUUAAAAUACAGAUCGUCUACGUCUGUCGGCUGUGCUUUUUUCAAUACAUCAUUCGAGGUCGCAUCGUUGUCUCCCAGCGAUAUCAGAUUAACUUCGUCGGCCAGUUGACCCGUAUGCAGGUCUCCUUGCGUCUCUUCUUUCUCCUGUUGUGAAUUAUCAUCACUCGGAUAGGAUGACCUGUCGCCUAGUCCUGGUUCACUCUUCCUGCUUAUGUUUGCGUGCUCUUCGACCUGCCUCUUUUUCCAAGCAUCCAACGCCCCUCUCACGAUCUGCGCGACCUUCAGCCCCAUCUCAUAAUAUCCAUCGUUCGUGGCGGCCUCGAACAUUCCCAUAUGCGCCUGGACUUCGUCUGGUGCCGCUCCAUUCCGCUGUUCGAUGAAGUUGGUGCGGAAGUCAUGGCUGUGGCGAGUCAGUGCCGACAUGGACGGUGCAGUGGGAGGCACUGGCUGCGAGCUGGGUUUUGGUGGUGCUGGUGCCGGUGAAGAGGUACG